UUUAUACUGAGAACAGCGGCCCGGGACCUCAUUCGCGACAGCAGCAGUACAGGUGCUGAGCUGCCCUGCACAGCCCUCGCCUCCCCGCUGCGCUCUGCCCUGCGCUGAGCCUGCCACAUACAGCUGCGCCUCCUGACUGCACGCAACUGAGAUGGCAGAUGGCAGGCGGCAGCCCCAGCCUGGGGACCUGAUCGAGAUCAAUGGGAAACUUCAUCAUCACUGGGCCCUCUACAUCGGGGAUGGAUAUGUCAUAGACUUGUUACCUAUAGGUAAACGGGAGGUUAAACAAGAAGGUCUCACGGUAACAGUAUUCAUCAGAACAGUGAAGAAGGAGCUCCUGGGGGAGCUGGCUGGAAAAUACACAUGGCGUGUAAACAACAAGUCUGAUCAGGACCACACUCCUCUCCCAGUGGAAAAGAUCAUCUCAUGUGCUGUAGCUUAUAUCGGCAAGGAGUUGACAUACUGUUCGUUUGGUAGCAACUGUGAGCGCUUUGUGAAAAAACUCCGCUAUGGAGAGGGAGUCUCUGAGCAGAGGGUGGAUUUUGUAAGUGGUGAAAUGGGCAUUCUUGAUAUGAGAGAUGAUGAGGAAUACCCAAAGCCUGGGGACCUGAUUGAGAUCAAACAGGGGCAUGACCAGCACUGGGCCCUCUAUGUGGGGCGUAGAUAUGUCAUCCAUGUGACGCCUGUAGAUGAAGGAGCCCCAUCUCUGUCAGGCAGCAGUGACACAAGACGCAUGAGAAAGGCCAAGGUGAAGAAGGAGCUCCUGAGGGAGGUGGCCAGAAAUAAGAAAUGGCGUAUCAGCAACGAGUAUGACUUUCACUGCCCUCCUCUGCCCGUGGAGGAGAUCAUCCGGCAUGCUGAGGGUUGCGUUGGCACGGAGUUGACAUAUGAUGAGUUGAAAUUCAAAUCUGUCCAUUUUCUGAGCAAACUUCGACAUGUUGGUCUGUGGAGGGAUUUUGUAAGUGGUGAAAUGGACAUUCUUGAUAUGAGAGAUGAUGAGGAAUACCCAAAGCCUGGGGACCUGAUUGAGAUCAAACAGGGGCAUGACCAGCACUGGGCCCUCUAUGUGGGAGGUGGAUAUGUCAUCCAUGUAACGCCUGUAGAUGAAGGAGCCCCAUCUCUGUCAGGCAGCAGUGACACAAGACGCAUGAGAAAGGCCAAGGUGAAGAAGGAGCUCCUGAGGGAGGUGGCCAGAAAUAAGAAAUGGCGUGUUAACAACGAGUGUGACUGUCACCGCCCUCCUCUGCCCGUGGAGGAGAUCAUCUGGCAUGCUGAGGGUUGUGUUGGCAAGAAGAUGACAUAUGAUGAGUUGAAAUUCAAAUCUGUCCAUUUUCUGAGCAAACUUCGACAUGUUGGUCUGUUUAGAGCUUUUGAAGGUGGUAAAAUUCACCGUCAUGAUUCGAUAAAUCGCAAAUACCUCCCCAUCCCUGGGGACCUGAUUGAGAUCAAGCGUCCAUUUUACCAGCACUGGGCCAUCUACGUGGGAGGUGGAUAUGUCAUCCAUGUGACACCUAUAGAUGAGAUUUCCAGGAGCAGUCCAAAAAACAUAAUUGCUCUGUCAUCUGGCAGCAUUUCAUCAAGCCGUGGAGAGGCAGUGGUGAGGAAAGACCUCCUGGAGGAGGUGGUUAAACAUAGAUGGUGGUGGUGUGUCAAUAACAAAUAUGACGAGUACCGCAAUCCUUUCCCUGUGGAGGAGAUCAUCCGGCGUGCUGAGAGCGAGAUUAACAAACAGACUACGAAACCAGUGCCCUAUCGUUUGUUGUACAAGAACUGUGAGCACUUUGUGACCAAGCUCCGCUAUGGAGAGCCAUUCUCUGACCAGGUCAUAACAAAACUUCAAUCUAUCAAUAUCCUUGCUACUGCAGGGGGUGUAGCAGGACUGAUAGGUCUUUUAUCUGUGCCUGGUGUUCCUUUACUUGCUAUUGCUGGUGCUGGUAGUCUUCUCUGUUAUGGCUCCGGUUCCAACAUAAUUGAACAUUAUCGCAUUUGUGCCAAAUUCAGAAAGCCAGGAAGAGAUAUACUAGAACAGACGUGCUGUUAGGAAGGGCUCAAGGAAUGCAUGGAAUCACUGGUCCCUGUCCAGCUUUUGCCACAAGUGUUAUCAAGAAUUGCUAGCAACUGCAGUGAUAAUUAAAAUUCUUAUUGAAAUAUUAAAAUCCAAACUCAUCUUGCCAAAAAUCCACUUUUAUCUCUUUGAGUGUUGCUUUCUAUGCAGAUUCAACAGUUCAGCCUUGCUUCUCUCUGCAAUCCAAUUAGAUUUGGUAAGACAAGAAUGUCACCAUUCUAGAUGACCCCAAGCAGCUCUAGCCUAGUUUCCACAUCUGCUUUUAUUUCACUGUCUGGGAUAAUUUUUGUGGUAGAACCCAAGUACUUGCAAGUAAAUUUUCUAUUACAUAUUA